GUAAUAUUAUACCAGCCAGACCGUGCUUUUAUUGAAUUGCCGAUAGAAUGAUUCGGAAUCGAUUUAGUCUGCUCAGUAAAGUAAUCUGUUCGACCUAUUUUGUAUCCUCAGAAAGUGUACAAGCAAAACUGUGUAUUUGUACACAAAACAUUAAGCUUCUGCCAGUACCGUCGCUACAGCAUAAUCAGAUCCGAAAUUAUGCAAAAAGCAAGGAUAAGAAAAAGGAAAAAAAGGGUCCGGCUGCUAAAGUUCACAUCAAUGAAGAACAGCUAGCAGAAGUUAUCAAUGUGAAUGCUUUGCGUACAGUGAUGGAAAAAAGUAUAUCUACUAUGAAGGAGGAAUACAUAAAAAAUUUGUCGCUUCGUUCAGCUACGGGCGCUAUUGAAACUUUGAAUGUGAGCUUCGAAGGAAAAGACUAUCAACUACAAGAACUUGGACAAGUUGUACGCAAGAAUCCUAAAACAGUAGUGGUAAAUUUGGUAUCUUUCCCGCAAACUAUACCAGCGGUACUACAAGCUUUACACAAAAGUGGCAUGAAUUUGAACCCUCAGCAGGAUGGAACUACCCUUUAUAUACCGGUACCAAAGGUAACCAGGGAGCACCGCGAAAGUUUGUCAAAAAAUGCCAAAACUUUGUUUAUUAAGUGUCGAGAUACAGUUAAAGAUGCACAGAAUCAAGCCAUCAAGAAGGUUAAAAAGCAAACGGACAUUUCAGAGGAUUUAAGUUUUCAAGUUCAAGCCCAGAUAACAAUGAUUGCCAACGAAUACAUUAAAGAAGCGGAAAAAAUUAUGGAAGUGAAACAAACCGAAUUGUUAGGAGAUAAAUCUUAGGCAAAUUAUUUAGCAUUGAAUAAAAAUCUUUCUAGACUUACCUCA